AAUACAGAAUCUUGAUUUUUAACAAACUGAUUUUUGUUGACGUAGAAUAACUAAACUUGGUUUUUAGUUUUUACAGACAAAUCUUCAUCUAUGACAUGUUGUCAUUUUGUAUUUGUACGAAUUUUCACAAUGACACACUGAAAACUCUUAUACCAGCUGUAGCAUUCUAAAAAUUGCGUCUUAUAUCUCGGAAGGUGUCUAGCGAAGCUUUUAUUAUAGUGUUAUUAUAAUUAAAAGUAUUAACAUUAAUCUAAAGAAUACUUAUUGCAAUGGCAUACGCCUACUUAUUUAAAUACAUCAUCAUUGGCGACACAGGUGUGGGAAAAUCAUGCCUACUGCUACAGUUCACAGACAAAAGGUUCCAGCCAGUACAUGACCUAACUAUUGGUGUUGAAUUUGGAGCCCGUAUGAUCACUAUUGAUGGGAAGCAGAUUAAGUUACAGAUAUGGGACACUGCUGGACAGGAGGCGUUUAGGUCAAUCACUCGAUCAUACUACAGAGGCGCUGCGGGUGCAUUGCUAGUAUAUGACAUUACCAGACGAGAUACAUUCAACCAUCUGACAACUUGGCUUGAAGAUGCUCGCCAGCAUUCCAAUUCAAAUAUGGUUAUCAUGCUUAUUGGUAACAAGAGUGACCUAGAAUCCCGACGUGAAGUAAAGAAGGAAGAAGGGGAAGCAUUUGCUCGUGAACACGGUUUGGUGUUUAUGGAAACUUCUGCGAAAACUGCUGCCAAUGUUGAAGAGGCCUUUAUCAACACUGCUAAGGAAAUCUACGAAAAGAUUCAGGAGGGAGUUUUUGAUAUCAACAAUGAGGCGAACGGCAUCAAGAUCGGUCCGCAGCACUCGAACGCGGGCGCGGGCGGGGCGGGCGGCGCGGGGGCGGGCGGCGCGCCGCCGGGCGGCUGCUGUUAGGUGACGCGCUGCACACGCUGACGGCGCGGACCACGGAGGGAUGCAGCUGUGUGCAACAAACAAUGGUACGAAACUUAUUGCAUGCUGGAAAACUUACGUUUUAAUUUUAAAGCUACAAACUUUUGCGUCUCAACUGGAUAUAAUAGUAAGUAGGCUCAUGUGAGUCUCAAAUAUAUUUAAAAAAAAAAAAAAACCGAAAUAUUUAACGAAGUAAAUUAACUUUAAUGUAAGAUCAAGGUAUACCAUUAAAUUGCCUAUCAAUGAUCUAUAGAAACUUUAUGUACAAGAAUUUUCAAUAUUAUUACCACUUAAAUUUUUUAAAGAUAUUUUAAUCUUAAUAAUUAUAAUCUAAUUUACAUAACCCUCAAAAUGUUGAUAACUAUUUUAAAGCUGUUCAAAAAUCUUUAGUCUCAACGUUUCACUUUCUCUGUAAUGGCAGUAACGUAACAUCUAGCUAUUAUCAUAAAAAUAAGUCUUUAGUUAAAUUCAUAUGUAUAACCAGACAUUGAGUAAAUGUAAGAUUGGAUCAGGCGAGGAAACAUUUUGACGUGUAUUUUGUGUAUGUUAUAAAUAUAGUGUCAUCGUUCGUUCAUGAAUGUAACAUUUAAUCUUAUAUACUAAUUAUUUGCACUAUUUUAUAUGUAAAAUAAUUGAGGUGUUCAGUGGAGAAGUGGUCCAAUCCACAAAAAUAUUAAUAUUCAAUUUGAAUUACCAAGUCUCCUUGUGUAUUAUAUUAUACUAAAAUGGAUUUAAACUACAACAAGAUACAGGAAUGUAUUUAGAACACUAACUGUUAAUUUUCACUAUGUUAUAAUUUUUUUGUGAGUUGUCUCACUUUUUCACUGAGCACUUUAUUUAUUACGCAUUUAUUCCCAUUACUGAAUAGAAUUUAAGACAAUGCUUUUAUAUAAUUUUAAAAGUACAGACAAGAUUGAAUUAGCAAUUAGGACAAUUGUAAUAAAAGACUAUAAAUACGAACGUUAUUAACUAA